UUAUAUAAGGUAUUACGUCACAUUAGCUCAUGGUGGAGCAGUUUUAGUGGAAGUUUCUCUCGCUGUCUUCGCCCAAACAUUUCGUGAAGUUAAUGUUUUGAGAUUUAAUAACCUAGGAUGAUAAUGGGAAUCAGUCUUAAUUGAGAUUGCCCUCAAAGGUUGCAAAAUAUCUUUCCAAUUCGUACGCUUUACUUGUGUACUAUGAUCUGAUUUAACAGGCUUAUAUCGACUUCUUGAGCUCGAUAUCGCGUCAUAAUGAGCCUCCCAUGAGAAUCUCAUCCGGUGGAUCCUAUCCUCCAAAGAGAUCGGCCCUCGGUUAUUAUUUGUGUAUAUCUACAUUCCCGGCUCCAACAAACCUAAAGUAUUCCGUCAAUGUUAAAAGCAAGUUCUGGGCUUGACACAAAAUCUACAACCAUGAAGCCACUCAUCUUAGCAGGUGGAAAAUCCACUCGAAUGGGAUCUCCGAAACAUCUGUUACCUAUGCCUGAUAGACGCCCUUUAUAUCAACACCAAAUCGAGGUUCUACGCAAGGCCUGUCCCGUAGCGGAGACCGUAUAUGUUUCUCUUGCUCAAGAUUCUGAGAUGGACGAGCUUCUGCAAAACGCCAGCAAAGUCUCGUACGAAGCUACCCCAGGAGAAAAUAGCAUCGAGAUUAUUCUAGACUUAGAGUCCUGUCAAGGGGAUGAGUCGAAGGGGCCGGCAGCAGGACUACUUGCCGCUUAUGAGUCGGAUCCUGAAGCGACGUGGUUAGUUGUGGCUUGCGACUACCCUUGCAUCACUCCAUCUGCUCUUCAAGAACUACAAUCACGCUACAGACCACCGGUCACCUGCUUCCGCAAUAGUGAAGGGUUUUGUGAGCCUCUCUUGGGAAUUUGGAGCCCAGAAGCUAUCAGCCAGCUCAAGGAGAACUGCAAAGCAGGAAAGCUCAGUCCCAGCAAGGCUGUUCGGGAACUUGACGGCCACACGUAUCUUCCUGAAAACUCGGAGGCACUACUACGAAACGUGAACAUCAAGUCGGAAUGGGAUGAUGCGCUGAAAUCACUGAGAGAUGAGCCAGCUGACAACUUCAUGGAAGAACCCUUGGAAGUAUUGUGAGAAAUGUAUUUUAG